AUGAGACUGUUCGCAGUGAUUUUCUGGCUAGGCUGGGCUUUUGGCCAAGCGAGUGCCAAGAAUCCGGCUCCCGAGUCGGCCAGAUUGUUAGCCGCCCUCCAAGCAGCACCCGCUCCGGCGCCAGCACAAAGUGUGGUCUACAAACUGCCACCGCAGCACUAUUACCCACCUCCUCCGCCGCCGCCACCACCGCCGCAGCACUGCAACUGUCCGCCGGGGCCACCGGGUCCUCCGGGACCUCCAGGCUUGCCAGGUCUCCCUGGUCAGCAGGGUCCCAAGGGACACAGCGGAUCGAAGGGCGAACGGGGGGAGAAGGGAGAGCGCGGACAUCACGGAUUACCAGGCCAACAGGGGCCACCGGGUCCCAUUGGUCCACCUGGUUUUCCCGGUCCACCAGGUCAUAAAUCGGGAAGCAAUCACCAUGGUCAUGGUCACGAUCAUGAUCACGAUCACCACCACAACCACCACCACCAUAAUCCACCACCACCUCCGCCUCCUCCACCACCACCAGUCCUGCCGCCUCCCGUUAUAAUUCCCGUCCCAUUGCCACCCCCACCACCCCCGCACAAAGGCGACCACCAUCAUCACCACAAGGGAUCCAAGGGCCCACCCGGACCACCAGGACCACCGGGAAUGGGACCACCUGGACUUCCAGGACCGCCAGGCCCCACGUAUCCACCUCCACCACCUCCUCCUCCGCCGCCACCACCGCCAGUUUACCCACCGUAUCCUUACCCGUAUCCCCCACCCGGACCCUACCCAGGACCAGGACCUCAAGUGCCGUGGAUUCCCGUGCCAGUGCCAGUCCCUUGGCCUUCAAAGGGACACAAGGGCGACAAGGGCCACAAGGGAGGACACAAGGGCGAUAAGGGCGGACACCACCAUCACUACUAUCCACCGGGACACAAUAAGGGCGGGCAUUACCCGUAUCCACCCCACGACGGCGGACAUGGAGGCCACCAUCAUCCACCUUACCCGCCACCCUAUCCACCGCACUAUCCACCUGGCGACAAGGGGCAUCAUCACCAUCAUCCCUCCCACAAUCACGGGGGAGGAAAUGACGGGCACAACCAUCAUCAUCCCUCCCACAAUCAUGGAUAUCCUGGAAAUGACGGGCACAACCAUCACCAUCCCUCCCACAAUCAUGGACAUCCUGGAAAUGACGGGCACAACCACCAUCAUCCCUCCCACAAUCACGGAGCAGGAAAUGACGGGCAUAACCAUCAUCAUCCAUCCCACAAUCACGGAGGGCACAGCCAACAUCAUCCCUCCCACAAUCACGGAGGACAUGGCCAACAUCCUCCACACGGAAACGGCGGACACAGCCACAAUCAUCACCACCAUCACAAUGGAACUGUUCCGCAAAAGCCCACUGAUCCAGAACCAGGCGAUGGUGGCCAACAAACUCCCCGCGACGAUCUGGACUUGAUUGAUGAAGAUGUGGAGAUCGUCGAGAACAUAAUCGAUGACAAGGACUUUAUGGAGGGUGAGGGCGAGGAAGAAAUGCCCCAGGAAGUUUAUGAUUUCGAAACGGACCCCGAGGACGCAGGCUAUAUGGGUUACGAGGAUAACACAGUGGAGAAUCCAACACGUCCCGAUUCCGCUGAAGAAACUAAUGAGGAAGAUCAAAAUUUAGCUGCUGAAAACUACGUAGAAGAAGAGGCGGUAGAAGACGAACCUAUAAUGGAGGAUCAGGUGGACAUGGUCAAUUUAAUGGAGGAUAACCAGUCUUUUGACGGUUAUGCAAUCGAGGGUCGAACCAACAAACGCCCAGUUAUCCUGGCCUUUGGAACUCCUAGAAACCCCUUUCACAUUUAUGCCUAUGAACAGUAUAAAACGUAACAA